CUGAUUUCAGUCGCAUGACGUGAUCCUGCCCAAACGCAAGCAAAACGUUUCCUUGCGUCCACCACUGAACCAACCAACCAUGGAGAUGCGCUGACCUGACUUUGGCGGCUGCUGCGACGCUGUCGCUGACUUGCUCCGUCUGCCUGCCGAAUGACAUUUCCAUCUUCGUCCACCAACAACCUCGACCUGCACAAGUACACACUUGCACGCAGCCGUCUCCGUACACCUCCAAGAGCUCCAGUUCCACCACGUCACUACGUCAAGCAUCACUCAAGUCAGAAGUACUCACGAGAACGAGACGCUGAGACGACUGUAGCCAUGGCUCCAACGAACACUGCUGCCGUCGCUGCCGUCGCUGGCAAUGGUGCUUCGAAUGAUCUCUUGGAUCGCAUCAACAGCAGCACGGACUUGGAUGCUGCGGCAAUCGCAGCCCACCUUGACGACUACACGCAGCAGCGCAUCCACGAUAUGGCCAACAGCACCUGCGGCGAAGAAUGCAUUUUGAGCUGGCACAACCUGGAAGAGAUUGGCGCUCGCGUGAUUGCAGAGGCUCUCAAGAAGAACACCAACAUGCUCAAGCUCAACCUUGGCUGGAACAAUCUGCGGGCUGCUGGCGGCCGUGCCAUCGCAGAGGCACUCAAGCGAAACAACACUUUGCACGAGCUCAGCUUGAGUGACAACCACCUUGGGCCUGAUGGCUGUGCCGCCAUUGCAACGGCGCUCGAGUCCAACACAAUGCUGCACACCUUGUUCCUGUACAACAACAACAUCGGCACAGACGGCGUGAAGGCCAUUGCCAAGUCCCUUCUCAAGAACACCUCUCUCACCCGCCUCAGCCUGUCACGGAACCAUCUUGGGCCCGAUGGCGCCAUCGCCAUUGCUGAAGCGCUCAAGAGCAACACCACCCUCCUCAAUCUCGAUCUCGGGUGGAAUGAGAUUGGGGAGACGGGCGCUGCCGCUCUCGCGCGUGCUAUUGAUCCGCGCCGCAGCAUCACCAUCACGUAUGGCGGUGAUAACAAGGAGGAGGAGAUCACAGCGCUUGAAGGGCAGCUGCGCCAGACCACUCAGCAACUGCAGAGCACACGCGAUGCCCUGGCCACCAGCAACAGAACCACUGCCGUGCUGCUGCUGUGUCUGGUGUCUGGCGCUGCCCUUGCAUACGGCCACUACCGCCAGCACCUGUGAACUGUUCAUGUCGUCUCGUUGUUUGAACUGGCGCUUCAACUGAUCCGAACAAGUGAAGCCAUCUGCCACCCAAUCCCUGCUUGCGCCUGCCUGCCCCGUCUGUUUUGUUCCACUUCUUUGUACCUCUUUACAUACACCUGUCCGUUGCUUGCUGUUCGUUUGCGUGUCCGCCUGCCUUCAGCUAUCACGCCCCUUGCUGUGUUGAUGUGGUGUUUGUACCUCUGCCCGAUUGUAUGUCAAUCUGCUUGUGCUCCAUGCUCCUGUCUCGUAUCUGGCCUUUUCGUUUUUGAGGCUGUCAUGGAGGUUUAAUCAACCAGAUGACAUCUGCCACUCCUCAUGAAAACAACCGUAUACUUGUAA